CACGAUUCAUCGAACAACAAUCGACCGACGACAACUUAACUUUACACACAUUCGCAGCUUGUAGCCAAACCCUCCUUCUCCUGGAAGCCACCUAAGAAAUCCGCAAAAAAAAACGAGGAAGGGGGAAAAUGUUUGGCAAUUGGAAGUUGGCGGCAACUUUUAGGCCUUUGGGGCGUCUGCGUUGGCUGAUGGAAGGAAGCUGGUCUGGCUACCUACGAGUUGCAUUGUCAGCAAAACGAUCUGCAAUAGGUCUACACUGAAAACUAUUUAGCUUAGGAGUUGUUCCAAAGAACAUUAAAUGCGCAUCUAAUGUAUCAUUUUGUGGCUCAAAAUACAAAUUGUAAUUUGUUUUCCGUUAGGUUACACUUACAGUAUUCUAACUUGGCCGCAUGAUUUUUUUGAGUGCACUCAUCCUGCACCAUCCCCAACACAGGCUCCGACUCUCUCCUGCUCUUUCAGCAUUUCUGCAUUUAUCUGACAACUUUGAAUGCGGACAAAAGAACCCAAAAGAGCCACAAUUACGGUACUUGGCGUCAUUUGCAGUUUGCAGUUGUUGGCGUUCUGUUCUGUUGUGUUGCUGACUGGCUUUUUUCGGAAAAACUGUCCAAACAUUGUCGGAAAUUUGUUAACUUUAAUUCCUAUUGCCAGUCGGACAGCCAGCCGAAUUGGCCAGGUUACCCGUUACCGGCCUCUGAAGUUGCGGGUGUUGGCUUCCAGCUUCA